CCGGCAGCAGACUUCACUCUCCCAGGUUCCUCUCGCAACUUCUCAGUUGUUUUUUCCGCAGCCGACAAUGGCCGCUCUCGCCAACGCCGCUGUGCUCCCCUCCACCUUCGUCGGCCAGAGCACUGAGCUUGCCGCCAAGGUGAACAAUGUCGAGGCCCGCGUGACCAUGAGGAAGACCGCCAAGGCGGCUUCCAGCAGCCAGUUCUACGGCCCCGACCGCAGCCUGUUCCUGGGCCCGUACUCCUCCCCCCCGUCGUACCUCACCGGCGAGUACGCCGGAGACUACGGCUGGGACACCGCGGGUCUGUCCGCUGACCCCGAGACCUUCGCCAAGAACCGCGAGCUGGAGGUGAUCCAUGCUCGCUGGGCUCUGCUCGGUGCUCUCGGCUGCCUCACCCCGGAGCUGCUCGCCGGCAACGGCGUGAACUUCGGCGAGGCCGUGUGGUUCAAGGCCGGCGCGCAGAUCUUCUCGGAGGGCGGCCUGGACUACCUGGGCAACCCCAGCCUGAUCCACGCGCAGUCCAUCCUGGCCAUCUGGGCGUGCCAGGUCAUCCUCAUGGGCGCCGUCGAGAGCUACCGCGUGGGUGGCCUCGAGGGCUUCCAGGAGGUCGAGGACCCCCUGUACCCCGGCGGUGCCUUCGACCCCCUGGGUCUGGCUGACGACCCCGACGCGCUCGCCGAGCUGAAGGUGAAGGAGCUGAAGAACGGUCGCCUCGCCAUGGUGUCGAUGUUCGGCUUCUUCGUCCAGGCCAUCGUCACGGGCAAGGGCCCACUGGAGAACCUGUCGGACCACCUGGCUGACCCCACCAUCAACAACGCAUGGGCGUAUGCCACCAACUUCACCCCCGGCGCUUAAGCGUGCUGUCUAGUAUUGGUGUAGGUCACCGACUUUUUUUUAUUUUUUUAUUUUUAUUUUUAUUUAUUAAAUAUGAGCUUCUAGGCCAUCACUUUUU